CAACCACCAUAAACUCGACAAUGUCACUGCGUUGGAUCCAUCCUGAAUUUCAAUCACCUUAAUUUUCCUGUAUAAAACUAGAUUCAUUCGCCGUUUUCGCCAUAUCAGUGAAAAACUUCAGCUUUUCACAAUGUUGCUCUGUGUUUGUGUCCUGACGAUCUCGGCUUUCUGUUUCAUAGACUUGUCGACAGGCGAACAAGGAACACCGAAUUUUUUUUUGACCGCUGCCAAAAGUGUACCUAGAAUCGGCAGAAGCAAUCAGGACACUUCCGAUUUCGAAAAAUUCUUCAUGAAAGCUUCCAAAUCGGUACCUAGGAUAGGACGUCGCAAUGAUAAUCCUCACCCCCACGAUAUGGACAUGCUGCAAAAUGGUUUCAAAUACCCCACUUGGGCCGAGAUAGCCGACAGAUACGAGUACGACCCUGAGCUGUUCUCCAACCCAUCGUUCUUGUCCAAACUCGAGGAAAUGAUGGGGGACGACCCCAACGUGUACGAUUGGGAGAAGGUCCGGGUCAAGCGAGAACUUCCCAAAAAAAUUCAUCCCAAGUUGGUGCAGAAGCUGAUGUAUAUGUGAUCCCACAAUGAAUAUAAUUAUCUUGUUUA